CUUCCACACACCACACCUUCCCUCGAGCGUCGAGACUGAUUUGCACUGGAGUUUGUAUUGGUUACUAAGAUCGCGCAGUAGAUUCUUCAAAGCCGUUAAUACCCCCAAAUCACAUUCUACGCAACAACCGUGAAGAUGGCCUCUUCCUUCCCUCCGCCGCCCGUCAACACCAUCGAUUGGGACGACAUCGGAUUUCGCGUUCGAGAAGUCAACGGUCACAUCGAAUCGCACUACUCGAAGAAGACGGGCAAAUGGACGCCGCCGAAAUUCGUCAAGUCCCCUUAUCUGCAGCUCCACGGAAUGUGCCCCGGCCUCAACUAUGGUCAGCAGUGCUACGAGGGACUCAAGGCUUUCCGUGCCCCCGACGACAAAGCCAUCAACAUCUUCCGGCCGCAACAGAACGCGGAGCGCAUGCAGCAUUCCGCCUCGUUCAUCUCCAUUCCUGAAGUCCCCGUAGACCUCUUCAAACAGUGUGUGCAUCUGGCCGUGUCGCUGAAUGCAGAAUACGUGCCCCCUCACUACACCGGAGCGAGCAUGUACAUUCGGCCUCUUCUGUUCGGCAGCUCCGCGCAACUAGGUCUCAACCCGCCCGAGGAAUACACGUUCCUGGUCUUCGUCCUGCCGACGGGAGUCUACCAUGGUGUGCACCCUGUCGCUGCUUUGAUCCUCGAAGACUUCGAUCGCGCCGCGCCCGAGGGGACCGGCUCGGUGAAGGUUGGAGGCAACUACGCGCCCGUCCUGCGGUUCAGUGAAAAGGCGAGGAACGAAGGCUUCGGCAUCACCCUCCAUCUGGACAGCAGGACGCGCAGUGAAGUGGACGAGUUCUCUACCAGUGGAUUCAUCGGUGUGCACGGCACGCCGGAAAAGGGGGACGUGACUAUUGUGGUCCCGGAUAGCAAGAACGUGAUCAAGAGCGUGACGAGCGACAGCGUGUGCCAGAUUGCAAAGUUACUCGGCUGGAAGGUGGAGCAGCGAGUGAUCAAGUAUGAAGAGUUGCCGACCUUCACGGAGAUUGCAGCAGCCGGCACAGCUGCGGCGCUCGUCCCGAUCAAGUCCAUUACCAUGCGCAGCAAGAACGACCACUUCAAAUAUCAAGGCGGCGGCGAUGAGCCGGGCCCCGUCAUCAAGACGGUGUUGGAGCAGCUCAAGGCGAUUCAGCAGGGCCGAGCCAAGGACCCUCAUGGAUGGCGUGAGGAGGUGAGGGAGUACAAGAGGGGCGAGUACGCCGAUGAAGGUUCGGAGGGGGUUAACGGAAGCGAUGGGAUCAACGGGAAGGUGCCUGAUCAGCUGCCCUAGAUGCUUGAGAUGCGAGAAGGGGCUUGCAAAGGAUAGACGGGUGCGAAGUUGGCAUUACGGCAUGGCAUGAAGUUGGUCGAAGGCCUCAACUUUGGAAUACAUGUAGUGAAUGAGACCUCACCUUUGAGUAGCAGAGUGGUGCCCUGGCCUUCUGAUCUGCCGAGAAUGUACGAUCUCACUUCUGACAUUCUUCCUUGAGCGCUUCAUUUCUGCGCAUGGGGCACGGAUGCUUGAAUGUAUGCAAGAAAUUGGUAAGCUUUAACCACAUGGCGUCGGCGUUGGUUGGCUUCCGAUUGGGUGGAGAAGGCUGGG